UAUUUUACUUUGUAAGUUCUUAACUUUAAGUUUUUAAUUUAUAUUCUCAUUAAAUAUUCCUAAUUGUACUCUAUAUACAUGUUGAUGAUUGAUUAAUAAUAAAAUAAAGUAAAAUAAAAUGAGUAACGCGGAACAUUUUCUAACCGUAUUUUGAGCCUCUGUGCUCGCCGUACCAAAACAACAAUGGCGUCUUCAGCGGACGUGCAAGUUCGAAUCUGUGGACAAGAAAUCAUAAAAUACGAUCUGGAAAUAAAAGCUCUCAUUCAGGACAUAAGGGAUUGUCCUGGACCUCAGCUGGCUCUUACAGAACUCAACUCUCAAGUCAAAGAGAAAUUCAACAACCUGAGGCUCAGGAUACAGGAUCUGGAGCAGAUGGCCAGAGAGCAGGACAGAGACACGGACCGGGUGGCGAUUAACGCAGAGACGGAGGGCCAGCGACGGCAAAUGCUGAGCAAUCAGACAGCAUGGAGGAAAGCAAACCUGGCUUGUAAACUGGCCAUAGACAACCAGGAGAAGGAGGAGUUGCUUUGUGGAGGAGAAAACCAAGGCACCAGACAGAGGAAGGCAACCAAGGAAAGUCUAGUGGACACUAGCAGCAACAUCACAGAGAGUCUGAUGUCCAUCAGCAGGAUGAUGUCUGAGCAGGUGAAGCAGAGUGAAGACACUAUUGGCUCCCUGGCCACCUCCUCCAGGACAGUGCAGGAGACCAACGACGAGUUUAAAAACAUGACAGGAACCAUCCACCUCGGGAGGAAGUUGAUUCUCAAGUACAACCGACGAGAGCUGACUGACAAGCUGCUCAUCUUCCUGGCUCUGGCUCUCUUCUUUGCCACGGUCCUCUACAUCCUCAAGAAACGCCUUUUCCCCUUCAUUUAAAGAGAGGGAUGGGUCCCUAUGUGGCUUCUAACACCAUACAGUGAGGAGUUUGAGGAGGAACAGAGUAUAAGUCUGUGGAUUUAGAGGCAGCAUCAAACCUGGGUCCUGUUACGCAACGUUAGUGAAAAUAUGUCACCGGGUAAAAUAUGCAAUAAGUUGGAUUUGAAAAAACGCUUUGGUGGGUUUUUUUUUUCGUUUUUUUUUGUACUUUUAUAAGGUAACUUAUGCAGGAAUCCAUAACUGAAGGGACAACAGCUUCCCACUGCCAGAUUAUUAUAAUUAUUUUUAAAAGGGAUUAUGCAGCUUUUUAGUGACUAUCCUCUUGAUCUAACCGUUUGUACCCUCUGGGAUAAUAGUGUGGACAUUCCAAUAAUCUGCCCCUUCAGGAGUUCAUGACAUGGGGCAGAUUCUUUUAAAAAGAGGGUUUUUCGUGGUCGGAUGCUGAUUGUUGGGAAAAUACAUUUGAUACUGGUGUCCUAAAACUUCACUCAGCAUUUGCAACUAACGGUCACAACGUAGAGUAAGCGUAGUUCUUUUAAUUUAUUCUUGUUUUCUUUUUUCUAACAUGCGUUCAAGAGAGGAACCAUGUAUGCUAGUCUGCUCUGGCUGACUGUUCCAAUAAGGAUGUACCUGUUCUAAACUUUCUAAUCAGGCAUCGAGGGGACUUUUAUUAAGCUAAAUUAUUCCUCAUACCUUCCUCCAUGAUCCACGAGGAGCUUGGAGGGAGGAGACACAGGUGAAUUCUAUGUGGAGAAGUGGUGUGAUGUUUCAAUCCUGCAUCUUCACAUUUACCACACAUUUGGAUGUAACUUUAAAGUGACACAGUGAAACUGAAAACUUCAUUUUACAACCCCUGCUUUGUCAUCCUUACAUUGCUUCUCGAAUCUUACUCAUCUGUGGAGGACCUUAAAUAUAAAACAGUUACGAGGGUGAUGGGAGAAAAUAAAAAAGAACCCAGACUACUACACUGGGUCCACAGGCUCCUGUCAUGCAGUUAUCUUGUUGGUUGGUAGAUGUCUGACAUUUUCCAAUUUUUGCUGGACUCUGUAUAUGAUGAUAAUAUGAUCUGAUUGUAUAAAUAAAGAUUAACAUUUGAAACAAA